AUCUCUCAUAUGCACAUCUCCAGGCAUUCCAUAGACCACGCCACUCUCCUAAACAUCUACAAUCUUCUUCUUCUCAUACAUUUCGUGCUUUUCUCCAACUCCUUCAAGUCCCUACCUUAUCUAUCCUUUGUUCCAAACUCGGGCUCGAUCGCAUUUUCAACUUCAGCGCAAAUAACGGCCUCAGCGCUGAGCCGACUACAUAUAAACAAGCGUCUCUUCCACCCGGAGAACACCGCUGACUAAGACACAUGCGACACAACCCACACGCAGCGCCUCAAAAUGCUUGAUCGCGCCAUCCCAAUCCCAACCGUAGACGAAAUCCGCGCAAGCACCCACAUCCUCAGCGCCCCCGACGCCUCCGCGACCGUCGUCAAGCUCCGCGACGGCCUGGCCGCGAAGUUCGGGCGCGGCGUGACGCUGCUGGAAGCCGAGAGCAUGGCGUACGUGGGCGCGCACAGCGACAACAACAGCGUCCCGGUGCCACGGGUCUAUGCGGCCUUCACCGAGCGCGAGACAGGCACUAGCUUCAUCGUCAUGGACUUUGUGCCAGGGCGGCCGCUCGGGGCCGUGUGGGCGGGCCUGACAGGAGCCGAGAAGUUGGACGUCGGAAGCCAAGUCCGGGCGGCAGUGGAGGGCCUGCGGCGGAUGGAAGCGCCUGGGUUUCUGGGGGCGGUGGGCCGGCGCGCGCUUCCCGAUGGUGUGUUUGUGACGGGAGGGAAGGAGGCGGCUGUCGCGGGGCCUUUUGAGACAGAGGAGGAGUUCAACGAGGCUAUUUUGCGGAGGCUGGCGGAGACGGAGCCGGCAGCGCAUUUGGCGUUGUUGCGGACGCUGAUUUCGAGGACGUUAAAUGGGCAUAGGACUGUGUUUACGCAUGGGGAUCUGAGGGCGAAGAAUAUUUUGGUGCAUAGGACGGGGGUCAAGCCGGAUGGUAGUGGCAGUGGCAGUGGGGUUAUUGAGAUCAAGAUUGUGGACUGGGAGAUGGCGGGCUGGUAUCCGGAGUAUUGGGAGUUUUGUAGUUCAACUGUCGCGGGCAGGUUUUUUCCGGAUUGGUUGGAGUUGGCGCAGCGGGUUUUGGAUGUGUACCCUGAAGAGUACUUGAUGAUGCAGAUGAUACGGAGUAUCCUGUUUUACUAGACGUUGGGACUGGAUUGGUAGUAAAGGAGCA